GAGGCGCGCUCUGCGGCCCGGGAGCCGCGCAGGCGGAGGCGGAGGCGGCCGGGCGAGCGGGCUGAGGUCUGGGCGCGGACGGCCGAGCCGAGCCCCUCCUGCCCGCUGCAGCCCGGCGGGUGGCGCGAAGCAGCCGUGCGGCCAUGGCCGGGGGGGCGUCCGGCGGGGCUUAGGAGGGCCGCGCCAAGAGCCCCAGCGCCGCCGCAGCCCGUCUGCAAGGCGCGCCCGCCGCCGCUCGGCUGCGCCCGCGGGGACCAGAGUCCCGGGCGCCGGACGGUCCUGCCCGCUGUCCCGCCAUCGGCGCCCGGAGAGCCGCGGGGGCUGCCGGCCGGAGGGGCCGCCCUGCCGGGGCUGCUGGGCUGGCAGCGUCCCCCGUGCCCCGAUCGGGCGUCCCGGCGGGUGCCAGGCGCCGCCGCCCCCUCGAUGUUCUCCGCCGGCCUCUUCCUGGUCAACCUGCUGAUCCUCUACUACGCCUUCCUGCUGGAGUACAUCGCCCUCAACGUGGGCAUCGUCUUCCUGCCCGACGACAUGGACCAGGCGCUGGUGGACCUCGGGCUCCUCUCCGACCCGGCGCUCGGCCUCUACCGGCUGGACAGCGAGGGCGAGCCGCUCGACGCCUACUGGGACUAGGGCCGGCCGUCGGAGGAAGGAGAGCCCGGAGGGGUUGGCCUGCCCUCCCGCGGGUUGUGACUCCAGCUCCCAUCCCCCGGAGCCCGGGAGGCUGCUCCAGGCAGGGAAGGCCAGAGGAGCACCGGGCCUCUCCUGCUCUGUUAGGCUAAGAAGGUCCGGAUGGGGAAACCCCUCCCCAGAAGAAAAUGCUCCUAGAUCUGCUCCUGGACAUCGAAGGGGGCUGCUGGCCCUUCUGCCCGCUGGGGCAAUCCCUCCCGGGGCAUCUCUGCAGCCCCCUCGGAUCCUAGGCUUCUUCCAGGAACAACAACACAGGGCCACCCUUUCUUUCCCCUCUUGCUUCAUUCACAUUUCUACUACAGGCUUGCUACACCAGGGAAGAAAAAGGAAAGAUUCCAGAAAGGACAAGUGGAUUCUGGCCGGCUGGCCUGAGGCCUUCCAGGUCCCCCAGGGAAGCUGGACUGAAGAUGGGGCCGGCCCAAACCCUUGAUGGGUUCGCCAACGUCCUGCGAUUCUGCAGGAAUUCAUUGAACACAACAGCAGGGGUUUACCCAGGGAGUGGGGGGGGGGAGACCCCAGGAGAUGCUGGUUUCUUACACCAAACGAAGGCAUUUACUCCUCGUUUGCACACUUCAAGGAACAAGGCUUGGUUCUCUUGUUUCUGAAGAGGUAAAGGUAUGUGGGGAGCUAGCCUGGAUGCUUAGACAAGGCAAGCAGUGGCUGUGAUGGGGUCACCAGGUUUUAAGGGGGCUGGGGGGAUAAACCGUGAGAGCCUGAGGUUGCUUGCAACAGCGCAUGUUCCUGAACACACAACUGCUAGGCAAUUGAAACUUGGCCUUGCAUCACUGUGCAGAAGAUCCCCGAAUCACGUUUUCCCCGUAGGGCAGUAGAAAUAGCCCUCCGUUAUCAGUACUAUCCGUAUCUGUGAGAGCUUUUAAAAAAGACCUUCGCUACUCUUGAAUGAAACAUUUUCCAGCACGGUUAUAUGACAUUAGUGAAGCUUGCUCCCUGACAUGCUAGGUUUCCAGCUGCAGGGAGAGACAGGUGUGGAAAUAUGGCGAAGCCAUCCAUUUGCACAGGAGUCCUUAAGUGUAAUUAGCCGUGAAGGCUCUGGUUUCUGCUCCUUCCAAGCAUGGAAAUGUUGGAAGUCUCCAACUGGCGGUCUUAAUUUGCUGUGAAUGAUCAGGUCACCCUUCUUAAAUUUUAUCUUAUUUUAUUUUUGGGAUCCCCCGAACCUUUGCAAUACCCACAAAGGGUCUGCUUUUUAAAGAGUAAUAAUUUAAGAAGGGAGG